UGAGCUUGACGCCGUUUUUACCUUUGUUUUUUUACCGCGUGACGCCAUGCGUCUCUAAUUUUUCUCUAAUUUUUUAUGUGCUACGUCUAAAAAAAACUAUAGUUAUGUCUAAAACCUCAUUGAAGGGUGUCUCCGCAGCCGAGCACGAGCCCAUCGAUGAUCAGGAUGUCGAGUACGAGGUGGAGAAGCUCUUGGCCCACAGCUACUUGCGCGGUCGCAAGCAAUUUCUGGUGAAAUGGAAGGGAUAUCCCAUGGAUCAGUCCACCUGGGAGCCCAUGGAGGAGUUGGACAACUGCAUUGCCUCGCUGAUGGACUACGAAGAGGAGGACUUCAUUAAGAUCAUGAAAAACACCAAUAAGAAGCGGGCGAAGAUCAGGCAGAAAGAGGAGUUGGUGCCUACCUAUGUUAUGAUGAAUAAUAAGGAGUAUUCACCGGUCUACGCUGAGCAGGAAGAGUUCCUGGGCUUUGACAAGGAGUCUUCCUCCUCCUCCUCCCAAGUGAAGCAGGAGCAGGUGCAUCUAAGUGAUGACGAAUCAGUGGGUGAGUCCAUUAGCUCGGUGGCCCACUCGGAAGAAGAUUCACAGGAGGCAUCAUCAAUCCAAGCUAUUUGUAAUAGUAAAACGUCCCAGGAGCAGGAGUUUCUAGAGGAAGCUUCAUUGGGUUUUGAAGAAACCACUGCAUCUGGAACAACCACCGAGGAGGAGAAGAAGGAAUCCAAUUCUUGGCUAACCGUAGCCCAGAUACAAACUCAGCUAAGGCUAGACGAGCUGCUCGCCGACUUGGAGCGCACCAUCCGUCAGGAGGGACUUCACCUGAACGUGAAAAAGAAGAAACGCGGCUGGAAGAUGCCGGAGACCUCGAAAACCUACGGCAUAGGACGCUGUCUGCAGCUGGAGAAGAUUCACAACUGCUUCAAGGUGCGCGAGCAGCUCUUUUUCUGCGUCACCUGGAAGGGAUGUGGCACCAUGGACGCAGUGCCUCUGCGGUGCAUCAAGUACUUGUACCCCGAGCUCAUCAUCCAGUUCCUUGAGACGUUGCAGAAAGUUUAG